UUGGAGAUGUCUUGGCAGCAUUACGCACGACGACACGAUAAACGCGACAGCCUCGUUUAGAAGGACGGGGGCACUUUCAGGCGGAACUGGACUGGCUUUUUAACUUUUUGAUUUGGAAAGCGCUAUUUCAGCCUCCACAAAACGUAUUUUUCUCAUCUUCUCUUUUACGUCGGAUGAAACACGGAUCUUUCCCUUCGCGACAGCAGCAGUGGGGCUGAAUGACUUCCCCUCUUAUCCUCAGGUCACGGUGACUACAGAGGAAUGGAAAAGAUGUAAAGAGCUUUAGGAGGAAGCAAACUCUAAUGAGCAACAGUUUUUUUUAAAGAUCCCAAAAAGAGAGGAUGAUCCCACCGGCCAACAUGAUUCAGGACGAGAGUGGGGGCAAAGAGGACGAACGAGACCAGAAUGAGACUCCCAAAUCCCCGUCAGCGAACGCCAGCCAGCAGGAAACCAAGCUGCAGAGACUCAAGCGCUCCUUGUCCUUCAAGACCAAGACAAUCCGCAGCAAGAGCGCGGACAACUUCUUCCGAACGAGCAGCGACAACAAGACGGAGCUGCUCUCAGAUGUGAGCAGCAGCACGGGCCAUCUCUGCAACAUCGGGAUGGCCCCGCCGCACACCACCCACCUCCCCAUCCCUCCGGUCCCUCCAGCCAUUCCCUCCGCACCUCCACCCACAUCGCGCUCCCAGUCACGUAACCCGCUGCAGGUAGACUCGGCAGGACACUGCUUCAUGGAGCACAUCUUCAAGAAGCCCACGUUCUGUGACGUCUGCAACCACAUGAUCGUAGGUACGCAUGUGGUGUUCCUGGCGGGAAACACGGCAAAGCAUGGCCUCCGUUGCAAAGCCUGCAAGAUGAGCCUACAUCACAAAUGUGAGAAUGGAGUGGGACAGCAGCGCUGCAUGGGCAAACUGCCGAAAGGCUUUCGACGGUACUACAGCUCUCCAUUACUGAUCCAGGAACAGUAUGGCUGCAUCAAAGAAGUCAUGCCCAUCGCCUGUGGGAACAAGGUGGACCCUGUGUAUGAGGCCUUGAGGUUUGGGACGUCGCUUGCACAAAAGGCCAAGAGGGCCAGCGGCUCUGAGUCUCCACACAGAAACUCGACCAGUGACUUGGAUCAAGUUCCAGAGGAAGUGGUGGCUCACAGCAGCAGGCAGGAGCUGACGAGAAAACACAGCGAUGAUGUUUUCAGAGUUAUUGAGAACGGGACAGACCAUUACCUCCAGCCAGAGAGAAAACCUGACAAAAUGCUGGUGGAGCAGAUCCAACUACAGAAGGAUGUCCUUAAACUCAACACCUAUGUGGCCUUGUUCAGCUUCUCUCCCCAAGACAGCCAUGACCUGGACAUGAGAGCUGGAGACAGAAUUUUGUUGGCUGAUGACUCCAAUGAUGACUGGUGGAAGGGGGUAAUUGAGGACAGGAUCGGUUUCUUCCCAGCAGCCUUUGCUCAUCAGCUGCGGGUUGAGGACCAAGUGUUCAGGUGUAACAGGACAUUCAUUGGCUGUAAAGAACAAGGCCAGAUCACCCUGAAGGAGGGACAGAUCUGUGUGAGCAGUGAGGGCGAACGCGGCGGCUUCAUCCGAGUGGCGAGUGGAAAGAAGAGAGGCUUCGUGCCCUGCGACGUUCUGGAAAUCAUCUGAGACAAAGAGACAAAUCAAGAGCGAGAGAGAAAGAGAGAGAGAGAUAGACGAUUAGUCAUCUGGAGGUGAGAGGAGGAGGGAACUGAACCUGCAAAAUGGCUAAAAGAAACCAGUGCGGUCAUUCGCCUCAUCAGGAAUUUGGAGUUGGACGUAAAAAUUAUGAUGGUUUUGUGAAUGAGAACUCCACUUGGUUAGUGUCAGUACCUUCUUCCCUCUCUCGCAACACAGACACAGACACAGACUGAGAUUUCACUGGAUUUGAUUUCAUUUAUAGAGCCAAUAUGUGUGUUUCUUUCCCCCUUAGUUUUAUUCCAGCUGUUUAGAUUUUUAAAGGGGAACUGCCCAUCUGGUUGUUUAAGCCAAAGAAAAGGAAACAAGCACUUACUACAAUGAUUAUGUUUCAAGGUUUCAGCGCAUACAAUGGCAUUCCUCUUAAAUAUAGUUUAGUUUCUCAUGCUUUUACAAGAAAAAGCUUAUCAGAUAUCAGAUAUCAGAUUAUUGUGGAUGACAAAAUCCUUUGAUGUCAGAUGAUGAAAACAUUAAAUCAGAAUAAACAACAUACACAAGACAAUAGGAACAUUUACUUUCUUUGAAGCCUCAAAUAUCCCUUGAAAUCCAUUUAAGAAAUGCAGUCCUCAGACAGAAAUUGAAAAGGUUUGUGUUUCAAGUGUAAAACAGCACAUCAGAUGCAACAAAGAGAUGUGUGGGAGUAUUUUCAGAGGAGUUUGACAUAUUCA